AUGGAGGCUAAGCAGUUAGAGAUGGAGGCUCAGAAGGCACAAAUGGAGAAGCAAAUGAGUCAUAUGGAAGCUAAGUUUGAGGCUCAACAAAAACAGUUUGAGGUUUUUCUCGUUCAAAUGCGUGCAAUAGGUAUGUCUAUUCUCGAACCAGCUCGCAAAAACACAGAUCCACUUCAAGUUAAAAAAGUACCUGAUGCAUCUAGUACUCAAUCAUCGAUGAGGAGUGAGUCAAGAAGUCCGGCAGUGCGAGACACAGAGUUCCAAGGUCAUUUAAGAGCAUCUUCAUUUGGUCAGGUUGAUCAACAAAAGAGAGCGAAAUUUCUGCCCAAGUGACUCUCCCUCUUAAGCCUAAGGUUCAGGAUUAUGCUGCUGGGAAAGAGAAGUGCUGUUGUAUUAUCCAGUGGAGGAUGUUCAAUGGGGAGAUGUUUUUUUUAAGGAUUGGAGAAUGAUGUUGAAAAGCUUGUUUUUGGAGGAUGCUGUUGAAGCU